AUGUACGGACUCAUUGAUCUCUUUCUGACUUUCAGCGUUCUCGCGGGACCAGCGUUGGGGUCUCCGAAGAGCACUCGUACAAUUGAGCCAUGGCCGGAGGAGAUUUCGCACCUCGCAUUCAACGAAUCUUGGCCUCAGUUUGUCGAAAAGACCACCCGGUGGUCUACCUUCGAGGCCCCAACCUUCAACGAAGUCUUCCUCCCAGAGACGAUUGAACAACUCUCACAAGGCCUUGGAUAUCUCUCAAGAACCGAAAAGACCUGGCUCGCUAAGUCCGGUGGACAUGGAUACUCCCCAACUCUCGGCGUCAUUCAGGAGGCUGUCAUGAUUAACAUGGAGAAUUUCGACAACGUCAUCAUGAAUCAAGACAAUACAGUCACCGUGGGUUCUGGCACGAAAUUCCGGGAUCUGGUCAGCGCUGUUGGUACUGCUGGAAGGGAACUCACUGUGGGGGCCUGCCCUUGCGUUGGCGUCAUGGGUGCUACUCUGGGCGGUGGACUUGGUCGACUUCAAGGUCUCUACGGCUUGACAAGUGAUGCCCUACAAUCCGCCCACGUAGUUCUCUGGAACGGCACAGUUGUCGAGGCGUCAGAGAAUUCCAAUCCUGAUCUGUUCUGGGGUCUGAGAGGAGCUGGUCACAACUUUGGCAUUGUUGUGGAUGCGACAUUUGCCACUUGGCCGGCUGCCAACGACGGCUUGCAGUACAACGUCGACAUGAUCAUUGCCAGAGAUCACUUGGAGGAUAUGUUGAAAGUUACGAACAAUUUGCUGAAUGAGGAGUUGGAUCCUGCCUUCGCCAUAAUGAUUGCCUAUGGUUCCGACCCUCGAUCACUCGACGAAAACCCAGCGGCGAACAACAGCGUUGUAUUUAUCGAAACAAUCGGUCAGCAAGGCGUCGACGCACUCUAUGACAACUACUCGGCGUUUCCUCAUCGGAAGUCAUUCGCUAACGCAGUUGUUUUCUCCAUGAGAUACUUCGAUGACCGGGUCGCGGAAGCUGCGAACGCUUGGGGUUUGCGAUGGCGUAAUGAGGUCGCCGAGCCGGAGAUUUCGGGUUAUGAGGAGACGCAUAUUUACCAGAACUAUGCCCACGGAGAUGAACCGAAGUCGGCUGUUUAUGGGUACGCGGAGUGGCGACACGAACGUCUCAGCGCCCUUAAGACGUCCUACGAUCCGCACAGCCAUUUCAACGGCUACCACAACGUGCCGUCGAAACUCGCAGACUGGAAUUAA